CCCUGUUUAAACACUGUUUUUUUUAUUGUUGUCCCAUUGGCCUAUCACGUGCCAUCGUGGCGUGUAUGCAAAUUUCACGAAGGCUAGCUUUCCUCCCAAUCUUUGAAAAUCUCUCGACAUCUAUCAUCUCUCAUAAUUACUGAUGCACCAUGGCGAACCGGUCAUUGUACAGCUGCAGCAUGUCUCCAGGUUUGUCGGCUUCUGGCCAUGCGUCAAGUGUCGUCUCAACGAUGCACACACCGUUCGCCUGCUUUCGCAAAGCCGCCUCCAGUAUCCUGUUGAAAAGUUCACACUUCCCGUUCAUCUUAGCGUGGGAUGUCGAGGUUUGCUUAUGAUGCAUUUCUUAUGUUUGAAUAUAAUGCUUCACUCUCUUACUAUUGAAGUUUCCACAUACUGUUUAUUAACAAUUUAUUUUGCGCCAAUACAAAAAUAAACUAAGAUCACGAUAUCAGAGCAGAGAGCCUGAAAAUUUAUUCUCGAAA